AAUGAAGAUGCAUUCCAAGAUGAUGGCUCUAAAAACCCAUUAAACGAUGAUGAUGACGAUUACGAACCAGGUGAUACAAAGAAGAAAUCAAAGAAAGGCAAAAAACGCAAGGCCAAAGGCGAAGAAAAAUCGAAAGGGAAAAAGAAGAAGAAACGUAAAAAGAAUGACUCAGAAGAGGAAGUCGAAGAACAAGCGGCUGAUUCCGAUGAAUAUUCGUCAAGUAAACGCGGUCGUAAAAAGAAAGAGCAUCGCGAUCGUGAAGAAAAAUCUUCAAAAUCAUCUCGUCAUCGUCAUGAACACGAGGAAGAAGAACCCAGUGCUGACGCUCCUUCAGUGGAACAAGUCUGUGAACAACUUCAAUUGAAUGACGUUGAAAUCGAAUUUACUGAAAGUCAUUAUCAAAAUUUGGUGACUUAUAAAAUGUUUACACAGUUUGUUCGUCCAAUACUGCAAAAGGAGAACCCAAAAGCAGCAAGCAGUAAAAUUAUGAUGCUCACUGCUGCCAAAUGGCGUGAAUUUUGUGAGGAAAAUCCAAAUUUACAAGAAGAAGAGACCGCCGUUGAACAAGAUGCUGACGAUCAAGAAAAAUCUGAAGGUGAGGAAGAAGAACCAGAAGAGGAGGAAGAAGAAGAACCCGAACUUGAGUAUCAACCCAAACCUUCACGUUCCCGACGUGCUGCUGAAAAGCAAGAAGAAGAAUCUGAAGAAGACGACAGUAAAAAGAAGAAACGAUCAUCAACAGCUCGCUCGAGCAAACGAGGUCGAAAACAAAAAGUUCCAACAUUGAAAAUUAAGUUUGGCAAGAAGAAAGAUCAAAGCUCGGACGAGGAAAAGGAAAGCAACGCUGCAAGUGAGGAACGCGACAGUGACGCUGAGUUUGAGAAAAUGUUGAUGAAAACUCCAGACGGAUCAGAUGAUGAUGACAGCAGUCGUCCAACGAUAUCAGCAGCAGCUAAAGGAGGAAAAGCGAAAGUUAAAAUAGGAAAUCGAGGAAAGAAGAAGAAGACAAAGAAACCAACUGGUGACAGUAUUGAGCAUCAAGAUUAUUGUGAAGUGUGUCAACAAGGAGGUGAAAUUAUUCUCUGCGACACAUGCCCCAAAGCGUAUCAUCUUGUUUGUCUCGAUCCUGAGCUUGAAGAAGCUCCAGAAGGCAAGUGGAGUUGUGCGACAUGUGAAGCUGAAGGUCCGCAAGUUCAAGAAGAAGAAGGCGAAGACGAACAUCAAGAAUUUUGUCGCAUUUGUAAAGACGGAGGCGAAUUGCUUUGCUGCGAUUCUUGUCCAUCAGCUUAUCACACAUUUUGCUUGGAUCCACCACUUAAUGAAUUCCCAGAAACAUCGUGGACAUGCCCGAGGUGCAGCUGCCCUCCAUUGCCUUAUAAAGUUUCGAAAAUAUUAAGUUGGCGAUGGACUGACGUUCCUAUCGAAGGUCCAUCAACAAGUUCAGCCACAACCGUUCGUCGAAGGGAAUAUUUCGUCAAAUGGCAGAAUCAAAGUUAUUGGAGAUGUGAUUGGGCGUCAGAAACUCAAAUGGAUGUUUAUCACAGCAUCAUGUAUCGAUCAUACAUUAGAAAGCACGACAUGGAUGAACCUCCACGUUUUGAAGAGAAUCUCGAUGAAGCUGACAAUCGCUACAAACGAAUCGAGCGAAUGGGUAAAAGUUCAAAAGAUGAACGCGGUGAAUUGGGAAUCGAUUUGGAAGAGAAAUAUUACAAGUACGGAAUUAAACCUGAAUGGCUCAUUGUUCAUCGUGUCAUUAAUCAUCGGACAAUGCGAGAUGGUCGCACAGUUUAUUAUGUGAAAUGGCGUGAAUUGCCAUACAUCGACUGUACAUGGGAAGAUGAAGAAGACGACGUUCCUGGCUUGAAAGCUGCCAUCGAAUUCUAUCAAGAUCAUCGCAAUUUCAGUCUUGAAGGUGGUUCAAGCAGCUCAAAGAAGAAGAAAAAAGGAAGACGCCGAACAAAAGACGACAUUGACGACGGAAUGGUUCGAAAAUUCACACCGCCACUCGACCGACCUUACACUGAUUUGAAAAGGAAAUUGGAUCAACAACCGGAAUAUUUCGACGAGACUGGAAUGCAACUUCAUCCUUAUCAGCUUGAAGGUAUCAAUUGGUUGAGGUAUUCAUGGGCAAAUGGAACUGAUACGAUCCUUGCCGAUGAAAUGGGUUUAGGCAAAACAAUUCAGACAGCAACAUUUCUAUAUUCGCUUUACAAGGAAGGUCAUUGCAAAGGUCCUUUCCUUAUCAGCGUUCCAUUGUCAACCCUCAUCAAUUGGGAGCGUGAGUUCGAACUUUGGGCUCCCGACUUUUAUUGUGUUACUUACAUCGGCGAUAAAGAAUCGCGAGCUGUAAUCCGAGAGAAUGAAUUAAGCUUCGAAGAAGGUGCCGGAGGCAAACGAGCUUCGAAAAUCCGCAGUGGAACGAUAAAGUUUAACGUUUUGAUUACGAGUUAUGAGCUUGUUUCCAUUGACAAUGCGUGUCUGCAAUCGAUUGACUGGAAGAUUCUUGUCGUUGACGAGGCCCAUCGCUUGAAGUCAAAUCAAUCAAAGUUCUUCAAGUUUUUGGCUAAUUACAGCAUUGACCAUAAAUUGCUGUUGACGGGCACGCCACUACAAAACAACCUUGAAGAACUUUAUCAUCUUCUGAAUUUCUUAUGUCGUGACAAGUUCAACGAUUUAACAGCUUUCCAAGCUGAAUUUGCUGACAUUUCCAAGGAAGAUCAAGUGAAGAAGCUUCACGACAUGCUUGGCCCUCACAUGUUGCGUCGUUUGAAAGCGGACGUGCUGAAAAAUAUGCCGACAAAAAGUGAAUUCAUUGUGCGUGUUGAAUUGUCGCAAAUGCAGAAAAAGUAUUACAAAUUUAUUUUGACAAAGAAUUACGAGGCUUUAAAUUCGAAAUCGGGAAGUGGUGGAAAUGCAUGUUCAAUGUUGAAUGUAAUGAUGGAUUUAAAGAAAUGUUGCAAUCAUCCUUAUCUCUUUCCGAGUGCAGCCGAAGAAGCUCCAUUAAGUGCAGGAGGUACUUACGAGUUUAAUGGAAUGGUUAAAGCAGCUGGAAAAUUGGAACUUCUUGAGAAAAUGUUGCGAGUGUUAAAGAAACAAGGACAUCGUGUGCUUAUUUUCUCCCAAAUGACAAAAAUGUUGGACAUUUUAGAAGAUUUUCUCGACGGUUCUGGCUACAAAUAUGAAAGAAUUGAUGGCGGGAUUACUGGAAAUCUUCGACAGGAAGCAAUCGAUCGUUUUAAUGCGCCCGGAGCACCUCAAUUCGUGUUUUUAUUAUCAACACGUGCCGGAGGCUUAGGAAUUAAUCUCGCUACAGCAGACACUGUCAUUAUUUAUGACUCCGAUUGGAAUCCACACAACGACAUUCAAGCCUUCUCUCGAGCACAUCGAAUAGGUCAGGCGAACAAAGUCAUGAUUUAUCGCUUCGUUACAAGAAAUUCUGUCGAAGAGCGAGUAACACAAGUCGCUAAGAAGAAAAUGAUGUUAACACAUCUCGUUGUUCGACCUGGUUUAGGUGGAAAAGGAACAAACUUAUCGAAGCAAGAACUCGAUGACAUUCUACGUUUCGGAACGGAAGAAUUGUUCAAAGAAGAGUCGAGCAAAGACGAAGCAAUUCAUUAUGAUGAUAAAGCUGUUGAAGAAUUGUUGGAUCGUUCCAACAAAGGCGUUGAAGAAAAGGAAAAUUGGGCUAACGAUUACUUGUCCAGUUUUAAAGUUGCUUCUUAUGCAACGAAAGAUCAAGAUGACGAAGAUGACGGAGUUGAACGUGAAAUAAUUAAACAAGAUGACAAUUCCGACCCAGCGUAUUGGGUGAAAUUGUUGCGUCAUCAUUACGAGCAACAUCAAGAAGACAUCGCAAGAACGCUUGGAAAAGGCAAGCGCGUCAGAAAGCAAGUAAACUACACUGACAAUGGAAUUGUGACAACGGAAGCAAGAGAUGAAGCUUGGCCUGAUGAUGGAAGUGCAUACAGUGACUUUUCGUCAGAUGAAAAUCGAGACGACAUGGAUGAAGAUGAAAUUGCAGCACGUUCGAGAAAUCGUGCCCGUGCGAGACAAGAACGUGAACGGCCGUUGCCGCCUUUGUUGGCCAAAGUUGCUGGUAACAUUGAAGUUCUUGGAUUUAAUGCACGUCAACGAAAAUCAUUCUUAAAUUCAAUCAUGAGGUAUGGAAUGCCACCGCAAGAUUGCUUCAGUGGCCAAUGGCUUGUGCGUGAUUUGCGUGCAAAAUCUGAACGUCAAUUCAAAGCUUAUGUUGCCCUUUUCAUGCGUCACCUUUGCGAACCUGGCGCAGACAAUUCAGACACAUUUGCUGACGGAGUUCCACGAGAGGGUUUAAGUCGGCAACACGUUCUCACGAGAAUUGGCGUCAUGUCAUUGAUUAGAAAGAAAGUUCAAGAGUUUGAGAAAGUGAACGGAUGUUAUUCAAUGCCCGAAAUUAUGAAUGGUCCAGUCUUGCCAGUGAAAAUUAAGAAGAAUGCUGAAGGUGCUGUUGGCGAAAAAUCAAAAGAAGAAAUCAAACAAGAAUCAGACAAAAAAGAAAUUGAAACAACUGAAGCUGAAAGCGAUGAGAAAGACACAAAGCUUGAAUCAAAGGAAGAUGUUGAUAAAAAAAUUGAUAACAAAGAUCCGGAGAUAAAAAGUUUUACGGAACUCCACACGCUUUGGUUGAAUGAAGAAAAAGUCGCUGUUCCAAAUCGCGUGUAUAAUAUUUGGCAUAGACGCCAUGAUUAUUGGCUUUUGGCUGGAACAGUCGCUCACGGAUAUGCGCGUUGGCAAGAUAUUUUAACAGAUCAACGUUUUGCUAUCGUUAAUGAACCUUUCAAAAUGGAUGCAGGCAAAGGAAAUUUCCUAGAGAUACGCAACAAAUUUUUGGCACGUCGAUUCAAGUUGUUAGAGCAAGCGUUGGUUAUUGAAGAACAACUCAGACGAGCUGCUUACUUAAACGGCACAAGCAAAGAGAAUCUCACUGACAAACAUCCUGGUGAUUUCGAUGCAGAAGCGUCAGAACCAGAACCACCACCGAAAUCAACUGCCAACAAUCCAACACUUCACAAAGUUUUAAAUCAGUUGGAAGAACUACUUACAGACAUGAAGAGUGACGUGUCGAGAUUACCUGCGACUCUCGCUAACAUUCCACCUGUCGCACAACGUCUCCAAGCUGCUGAAAAAUCGAUUCUUUCACGUAUCGCAACGAAUCCAAAGAAUUCGUCGAAUGCUGUAACGUCAAUGCCACUGUUCCCCAAUGGAUUCAAAGAUUCAACCAUUGCAGGCUUCUCAUCAUCAGAAAAUGCAGCAAACUUUACAAAUUUCCGCCCAGAAUUUUCCGUUCCGGGACAAAGACACGAAAGCGACUAAAGCAACACCAACUGCUGAUGAAUAUUUCAUUAUUUUUAUUUUAUGAAAUUUUAAUUAUCUGACUUCAUUCAUAUUUAAUUUUAAACUUUAAUGCAAAGGAACAAAAAUAAAAUCAUAAAUAGAAAUAAAAAGAUUAACUUGAAAGUGG